AUGAAUCCCACUUGGGCCCUGGCAAGAUUGCAACCUGGAAGCGAGUGAGUUGUGCAACGACAAAGCGCACGUGUAAGGGGCGUGGACUCGUGGAUUCGACUUUCCAGGGUUCAAGAUGACGUCUGCUGCGAGACUGCCAAAUCAGGAACAAGCACAAAGGCCUGAGGCUGUCGAUUUGUCGAUUUUGUCGAUUUUGUCGCUAGUGCUAGCUGGAUCGGGGCGGGGACCCUGCAGGGGCCUUGAUUUUCUGCAGCCAAUGGCGGCGAGCACAGCCAAAACGGGCUGCUGGGCGAAGGCAGCCUUGUCCUAUGAUUUUGAGCCCCUCCACCAGCUUCAGCUCUGCUGCUGCUUCGCCGAUAUAUCUGGACACGACCGCCUUUCCAGCGCCGACCCGCAACGAUGACGACCAACAUCGUGAUGGAGACCUCAAUGGUCCGUCCGCC